AUGGCAAUAGUGGCCAUUGGAGAAGUCGCGAAUUUCGCAGCCUACGCUUUUGCGCCUGCGAUCCUUGUUACCCCUUUGGGCGCAUUGAGUGUCUUGAUAGGUGCGGUCCUUGGUUCCUACUUCCUCAACGAGAAAUUAGGCACAUUGGGUAAAAUGGGAUGUGCUUUGUGUCUGCUGGGCUCCGUGGUGAUUGUGCUUCACGCGCCUCCGGACAAACCCGUCGAGACAAUCGAAGAAAUUCUGCACUAUGCCCUCCAACCAGGGUUUCUUCUCUACUGCCUUGCUGUUGCGAUUUUCUCUACUGUCAUGAUCUACCGAGUUGCGCCGGUCUACGGCAAAAAAAAUCCCCUCAUCUUUAUCUCCAUCUGUUCCACCGUCGGCUCAGUCUCCGUCAUGUCCGUUAAGGCUUUUGGCAUUGCCUUGAAACUUACCCUUGGUGGCAACAACCAAUUUACGCACGCAUCAACCUACGUUUUCAUGAUUGUUACGGCUUUCUGUAUCCUCACCCAGAUGAACUAUUUCAACAAGGCGUUGAACCAGUUUUCUACUUCGAUAGUCAAUCCCCUUUAUUAUGUGACGUUCACGACGGCCACAUUGUGCGCUUCCUUCAUCCUUUUCAAAGGCUUCAACACGACCGAUGCUGUCAACACGAUUUCGUUGCUGUGCGGGUUUCUCAUCAUCUUCUCCGGCGUUUAUCUUUUGAAUCUCUCCCGACAUGACCCGGACGGGCGGCAGAUGCUGAACUCCAAGCUAGAUGAUGAAGGUGUGCCAACUGACGGAAUCGCAAGCUUCCAAACCCGCCGGUCUAUGCAGUCCCGUCGGAGCAACGAGCCUCAUCGCCGAAGCUCGUCAAGCCUUGCCUUCCUGAAUGGCAAUGGAGAUCGUGAAGGUCUGAUUCACGCUUACGAUGUGGAGAACCAAGCCUAUGGGCUGUCAGAGUUGACUGAGGAAAGUGACGGAGAGCCAGGCCCCACGUAUAAAAACAAAAGAAGCGACGACCUAGAGCGCACCUCUCAUCAACCCAAUAAGCAUGACGAGCGAUAG